AUGAUGUCAAUGGAGGAUGAGCACGUCCUCAUUUGGGCUCAAGCGGGAAUGCCAGCACUGAAUUUCAGCAGGAAACGACUGUCCAGAACCGCCAGUGCCUGUUUGCCUCUGAAAAACGCCAAAAAGUGGCCCUACACCAGACAGAUGGAGCGCUCCGAGAUCACAAUCAUUUUCUUGGCAAUUGUGAGCCUGGGAUUUAUCAUUAAUCGCGUGUCCAGUUUCCUACGCAGUCGAGCGGCUAGGAUAAACUAUGGAAUCGCCGGCCCGCUCAUCUUCUCCCUAGCAAGUGCUAUCCCCGCCUCCUUAUUCGCACUCUUGGUCCUAGAGAUGCGAACCAAGGCGCCGGGUGCUCGAACGUUUGCACAAAUUAUAUACGCCCGAUUUGGUCCUUUAGCGCACAUUCCUUUCAUCACAAUCUUUGUCAUCACCAACUUCCAGGAGAUAAUGCUCAUCAUUGCAGCUGGGACAUCUGCUCUCCAGGCAGUCACACGGGAUGCCUCAAACGAGGUGAUGAUUCUCCUAAUCUUCAUUGCAAUUAUACCUGGAGCGGUAGUUGGUGGACUUGAAGGUCUCCGUGUUAUUUUCUACUUUACAACAAUCAUAUUUCUUGGUGCUGCGAACAUUAUUGCCUUCGCAGUUUUCAACAACGCAAACAACUUUCCGAUAGUUAGCACGGCGUCCUUCUUCACAAACCAGGGCUACUGGCAAGUGGGCAUCUACACCUCACUGGAUCACAGUUGCCUCAGCUUCGUGCUGGCUGUCCUCCUGUGGUUCACCAUCCCCUUCCUCUACUCCAUGUCGUGUGGUCUGGGCUACCUCGCCCUCACCAGCGCUUCUAAUGACCACAUCAUAACACACCACGAGGUCUACGCAGGCUUGUUACCCUACGUAGUGCCAACGUACCUCUUUGGUCACUGGGGCCAGAUUGUGGUGUACACUAUAAUCGCAAUUUCGCUGGUCAGCAGUUGUAUAUGCAACCUGAUGGGAAUCCGAUCUCUCCUUGUGCAUGACGUUCUCGAAACUUACAUCAUGCCUUUUAAAAAGAGACGCUCAGCCGAUGUCUGUUUGUUCUGCGGCAAAAGAGUGGGCCAGUUUUCCGCAAAGUACGAAACCUGUCGAUGCGGCAGUAUGCUGGUGUGCACGGACUGCGAAAUGGAUCGAGGUGGACAGAGGGGAUCACAGCACAUGUUGGUUUCGCAAUACUUGUGUCUCACACACGGAGAGUACCGUCGCUACCAAGAUAAAAUGGAGCAGAAGGGCAUGGCCUUCCUUCUACUCUUUCUGGCUGUGGUGAUUCUAGCGGUCGUACUGAUUGCAGGUCAACCGCCGUCAUCAGCCAGCGAUACCCGACCUCAAGCAAGCAGGACCUUCCUCCGUGAAAUCUGUGCUGCACUUCAGCCAGAAGAUGUUGCCUCAAAAUUUACACUUGUUCGCUUAGCGUACUUCCCCCCAUAA